AUGUCUCUCAGACUCCUGCCUGCCAUCGUCAUGGACAACGACGAAGAUGAUGACGGUAACUUCACGAAAUGGAUGAGUAGUUACUGGGGUCAUGGAGCAGAAAGUGGACAUUCAAGAGAAAGGAAACGCAGCUUCAGAAGGCCAGCAAAAACACACAUUGACCGUAGAGCAUCGCUCCCUACUGUGUUACAGUUAGAUGCCAUGAAGCUGAACAAGAUCCAUGCAGCGACUAUGGCACCAGCUCCCAAAACAAGAGAGGAGAAGGGGGAGGUCAGACCCCAUCUGAGAGUUAGGCGUCACUCCUCAGACGACAAAGGUACCAAGGCGACCAUCCCAGAGAGCCGCAUCGCCACAAUCCCAGAGAUCACAGAGUCGUUUGAGAGGAGACUUUGCCUCAGUGAUAAGAGGACCAUGUCUCUGAGUGAUGAAGAUAAACUGUGCCUGAUCUGUCAUGAAGAUAUGUGUAAGACUGGAGGAGGAAUUCAAGAGCUUCAUUGUACACAUCGCUUCCACAAAGAGGCCUCUCGGAAGUUAGAGCAAAACCAUUCCCGCAGAAGCAGUGAAGCAGCUGCCUGUCAGAUGAGGAAACUCCCAGUUGAGAGGAGGAAGUCUGCAGACGGGCCGGUUAAUUCUGUGAAGGAGCAGCACACACCCCGCCGUCAGCUUUCCCUGCGGAGACAUCGCUGAUAUCACGCAGUUGAAGGGGAUGAAACUUCCCUGGAAAAAUGGUGGAUUUGCACUCUUCAGCAGAAACCAGGCGUUGGAAUUUAAAGGCCUUGACUGGUGGAGCCUAAACUUAGAAGAAAACGUUUCUAUGGGCCCUUUUGCUAUGUCAGCUUUUGCAGCCAUUACAGCUCUUUCUCCUCUGAGUCAAAGAUUAAAUCUAGGAGGAUUUGAAAAUAAAUGCAUUUAAGUCAUCUGAUAAAUACUUAGAUUUUGUGAUUUUUUUUGAAGGUCAAGAAUUAACAAUUCAAUUUGAGUCUGAGUUUAGAAAUUGACCAAUUAUCUUUCCUCAAA